UCAAUUAAGGCAGGAAAGCAAUAGGGAGGAAAAUCAGGAAAAACUGUGAAAAAAAAUCAAGAAAAAGAAAAAGAGAGAGAAAAAAAGAGGAAAAUGGUUUUUAUGUAUAUGUGUUAGCAUAUCUGCACGACACCAAAUCAAAGAAGAAACACAGUAACCUCACUUGUUCAAAAUCUGGCAUUUAAAACAAAGGGAACUAUGAAGAAAGAGGAAUCUAAAUGCCCCAUGGGGGUGUGUUAUGCUCUUCUUCCUCUUUCUUCUUCUUCUUCUUCUUCUUCUUAUUGAUUUUUUUAUUUUAUCUCCUCUAGCAUACCUCAGCUCUCUGAGAUUUUCCCUUUUAGGGUUCUCAUUUUAAUCAGCAUUAAGACCUUGAAUUGUUUUUUGUUGGCCUUUUGAGUUAAGAUUUAAAGAGGAACUUAAAUUGCAUGUGGGGCUGUGUGGUUUUCAGAUUAUAAAUUGCUUUGCAAGGAGAAGGGAUUGGAGAACUAGCUAAUUAGUGCAGAAACAGGAGAGGAAGAAGAAAGAAAGAAAGAAAAGUGUUUGUUUUGAAGAUGGCUGCUUCUUCAUCAUCGGUGCCUUUCUUUGGAAUUAGGGAUGAAGAUCAUCAAAACCAGAUAAAACAACAGCAUUCCUCAACACCAACUUCAUCUACAGCUCCGCCUCCACCGCCGCAGAAGAAAAAAAGAAACCAACCUGGAACACCAAAUCCAGACGCAGAGGUGAUAGCACUAUCUCCCAAGACCCUAAUGGCAACAAACAGGUUCAUAUGUGAGGUAUGCAACAAAGGGUUCCAAAGGGAGCAAAACCUACAGCUCCACAGAAGAGGACACAAUCUGCCUUGGAAGCUAAAGCAGAAGACUACAAAAGAAGUGAAGAGGAAGGUCUAUUUGUGCCCUGAGCCCACUUGCGUCCACCAUGACCCUUCUAGGGCUCUUGGUGACCUUACUGGAAUCAAAAAGCACUACUCUAGAAAACAUGGCGAGAAGAAAUGGAAGUGCGAGAAGUGCUCUAAGAGAUACGCUGUUCAAUCUGACUGGAAAGCCCAUUCUAAGACUUGCGGCACUAGGGAGUACAGAUGUGACUGUGGCACUCUCUUCUCCAGACGUGACAGUUUUAUAACUCAUAGGGCUUUCUGCGAUGCGUUGGCUCAGGAAAGUGCUCGCAAUCCUCCUUCCACCUUGAACACCAUUGGGAGCCAUUUAUUUGUAGGUAGUAACAUGAGCUUAGGCUUAUCUCAAGUGGGUACUCAAAUAUCCUCAAUGCAAGACCAAUCUAGUGAUAUUUUGCGACUUGGCGGAGGUGGCCGGAGCGGACAAUUUGAUCAUCUUCUUCCCCCGUCUAUGGGUUCGUCAUCUUUCCGAACCCCGCAGCAAAUGCCUUCAUCUGCUUUCUUCAUGCAAGAACCAAACCAGAAUUAUCAUGAGGAACACCAAUCACAACAAGGGUUAUUGCAAAAUAAAUCAUUUCACAAUGGAUUAAUGCAAUUUGCUGAUCUUCAUAACACCACAAACAAUAACCCUCCUCCCCCUGCUUCCAAUCUUUUCAACUUUAGCUUUAUGUCCAGUGGCAGCACUGGGAGCAACAUCGUUAACAGCAAUGAUGCCAACAACUCCAACAGUAAUAUACCAUCUUCAGGACUGCUAAUAUCCAAUCCUUUCAACACCCAAAAUGGUACCACUGGAGGUGGUGAAGGUUCCGGUAUCUUCUCAAACAACAUAAUGGGUGAUCAUCAUCAUCAAAUGACUUCCGGUGUCCCUCCUCUCUUUAGCUCCUCAGUUCAAAACGAUAAUAUGGUCCCUCAUAUGUCUGCAACGGCACUGCUUCAAAAAGCAGCUCAAAUGGGUUCAACUUCAAGCACCAAUAGCGCAUCACUGUUAAGAAGCUUUGGCAGCUCAUCCUCAAGCGGAAUAAAAUCAGAUAGACCACUUGUAGCUGCUAACUUCGGAGGCAUUUUCAACGAAAACGACAACAACCUCCAUGACCUAAUGAACUCAUUUGCUACUGGGAAUUCAUCCCUUUUCGUUUCUGGGCAUGGACAAGAGAACCCCUACAGUGGAAACAUGGAGGAAGCGAAGUUGCACCAGGGUAUGAACGUGAGCAUUGGAGGGUCUGAUAGAUUGACCAGGGACUUUCUCGGCGUUGGACAAAUAGUGCGAAGCAUGAGCGGAGGGUUUUCGCAAAGAGAAAAACAUCAUCAUCAUCAUCAGCAGCAGCAGCAGCAGGCACCACAGCCAGGCAUAGACAUGAGCUCCUCCUUGGAUUCAGAGAGAAAUAUUACUGCGCAGACAAGCCAAUCCUUUGGAGGAAAUGGGAAUUUUCAGUGAAGAUAAUCUAAAAAUGGACGAAUAUAGCUAAGAGAGAGAAAGAGAAAGAGAAGGUACGGGGUGUGUUCAGUUGUUGAGCAAAAAGCAGCGACUGUGAGACAGCUGAAUUUUCUACAACCUUUUAUCUUAUCUUCUUGCUUCCCUUCAAGACUACCUUAGGAGUUUGAUCAAUCAUAUUUUGGAUAGUGACUUUUAGCUGCAACCUUUUUUGCUGUCUGCCUUUUGAAUUGAUGUUGCUUUUUUCUUUCUUUCUUUAAUUUUCUCUAGUUGUUAAUACAGAAAAGAAAAUUUUCAUGUGUAUGCUUUCUUAGACUAUUUUAUAUAUCAUGGUAAACUUUACAUACAUGUCAUCAAAACUCCAUUUGCAUAGCUAGCUACAGAAAUUUUUGCAGGAUUUUGACAUGUAGCUAGGCCAACUUCAGGAAUGAAAUCAUUACAUUUUUAUA